AUGUCCUCGACUACGUCUACCCAGAAGAAAGACUUGGGCCAGCGGGAACCCGAUAUCAUUGACCAAUCUCCUUCAGUGACGCACUCCAAUCAAACCUCAAUGACUCCUGAGGGCUGCUCCGACGAUGUCGACUGGAAUGCCGACUCAGACCCCGCCGUCGACGACUCCGAAGCCAGCUCCUCCGAUGGCGGCGAAGAAGCCAUGGAUCGACUGCGCCAAGUCGUCAACCUCCUCGAAAAUUGUGCACCCAACCAUCUACAGCUGUAUGACACAAUGCAAGCUAAACGUCAAGCGAUCAUGUCGUCGAACCGUCUCUGGUCGGCGGAAGAGAAAGCCGACUACGGGCAAUGGCCGCUGAUUCUUGGCGACCGAAGGAAAGCAGAUGAAUGGACGCUCAAGGACACCAUACCAAUUCUCAAGCUUCCUUUGUACAUGGCCACCGAAGUAUGUCGAUACUGGUUCAAGCAUAAGCAGUCAUUGAUGGCUAGUUGAAGUUGCUGAUUAGGAAGCAAAACUGACACAAUUCUUCCUCACCGAUCCUCCUCCUACCCUUCAUUGGCGAAACCAACCGGAACAGGAGCACGAAUGGACAGCCUGCAAAUACGAACGUUGUCUCGCCGUAGAAGAAACAUCUCACGGUGCUCCAUCGAUCUCUUUCCAUCAGCAUCCGGCGGAUCACCUGACAAUGAUCGAAUGGCACCCGCUGAUCGGCCAAAAUUUGCAAUCCACUUGGAAGGAAUCACGCAAAGAAGUGCUUCGCAUAUCGCACCAGUGCUCGGGCGCCUGCAUGCGCUACACAGGAGACGAUGGGAAGAUAUACUACAACGUGCGACCGAAGGACAAAGAUAUCGUGCGCGAAUGCUCUUCACAAUUGAAGGUGAGUUAGCCGAAAUUUCAGCCUCAGAGAUCCUUUCUUUGCUGUGUUUGGGUUCGUGGCUUUUGCGCAUGCGCUGAGACCCGUUUCGUUACCUGCACUCUGCUUUUGUAAGAUUGUGGUUCCAGCCAGCAAUCUCUCGAUCGCCUUGAUUUACACGCUUGGCGACCAUGAGGGACGGCGGACCCUAGAAUCGGUCAGGAAACCGGCCGCGGUUAUGCGAACUGUCGCUCAUCAGAUAGUGCAACAGUGUGGCAGCACCCGAAGCACUGCUUUCCAAGGUGAAUCACAAUCAUGAUAUGUCCAACAGAACCCUGUAUCUGUCUGUUGAUCGCACCGCUGACUCGCGUUCUUGGUCCAUUCACGCGAGAAAGUUAUGUCCGACUAUUGCAAGAAGUGGGAGAAGAUCCACCGAGUCACUCUCCAUCCUAACCGGGUCAUUUGGGCCAAACAACUCAAGAGCAUGUUCCGGACCAAGGCUGCGAAGGCGUACACACAUUCCUCUCCAUUAUACGCCCUAUCACGCACAGCUCAACUGCGAAAAUUCUGCUUGGACGAUGCGUCCGAACCGAUGACUCGCGGAGUUGCCUAGUGAGUAUUCUUCUCCAUCCGACGCAUUGUCGCGCUUGCAUCUGCUAAUGCAUGGCUUACACGUCGUACGUGUGUCCCGCAGUUUUCAACCUUUUAACGCCACGAACAACGAGUCACUCAUUUGCGUACUCGCAUCCUUGCAUUCGAUCGAUAUCCUGAUCGCCUUUGCCACCAUGGGAAGCGUUGCCGAAGACGGUUCGCGAUUCCUUGGGAUUGAUUCGUCUUGGCGGUAUCUGAAUGAGAACCGCGCCCCGCUUACCAUUCUUGCGACGAUGGGUACGAACGAACAGAUGGCGUUGGGUUAGUCGCGAAGGAGGCCCUGCCCAAUCCCGUGCCUGCUUGCGAGUCUCAGCGUCUUCAGCCUUCGGCGCUGAUCAGUUUUCGCACAUUCUCUUUUCUGUAGGGCCUAUGCUACUCUCGAGCGACGUCAAGCAAGGGACGUUGCUGCAUUAUUUGGACGUUGUGAAGGACCUAGUCGAAAAACGGGCCGCCAUUAUUGUCAGAGGUAGGUUCGGCAGUCAGUUUGUCGAUACUUCGGCCUUGACACAGCGCAUUGACAUGUCUUUCGCGAAGCGUAGAUGCUCAACGGGGCUCCGUCAGCGAACUGCCCGGUAACCUGCCCAAUCUGCUGGAGUACGCUCAGUAUAUUGUACAGCACCAGUGGCAACCGCCCAACUUGAUGAUCGACAAGUGCAGGACCGAACUGAGCGCCCUCAAAAAAUGUGAGGCGCUUUCCUCUUAGGCGGUGAUCAUUGGUCUCAGGGGUUAUUUUAUCUGACCUAUCAUUUUUUGCGAUCUCCCCUCACGGGUCUGUGUCUGCAACAGGGGCAUCGCGGCAUGGGCUCGAGUUUCAAAUUCGACUUUGUCAGUUUCAUGCGAUUCAAGCAAUUACUCGGUGGUCAACGGAUGCAACCCAUGCGAGCAAGACCGACAGGUCCCCAGUAUCAAAGCCCAUAUUGGUCCAUAUUUUGCGUGAUUUUCGUUCAAUCAUCCAACGCUUCCGGUUCGUCAGGGGUCCACAGGAAACGGAGGAGCAAGCAAACGUGCGACGACGUCAGGAAUUUGACGCAAGAGCGCAGACGUUUCUAACCCGAACCGAUGAAUGGAUCCUUAAGUCGCACUCAUCCGAUGAAACGUCAACAACGGAUGUUGGGAAGGCAAAGAUCAAGAAGUUGCAGCUACAAGUUCGUGACUACUUCACGCAGAAUUGGUUCGUGGAUGCUUGGAUUGGUCAGUCCCAGAGCAAGAGCCAGUUUGCAUUUGGGAUGCAAGGGCAGCCAAGUGACCAGACUGCGCAUUCACCACAGAAACAUUUGUAGAUGAUGGUCUACCAUUGGGAGUAGCUCGAGAUGAUAUCAAUACAAACAACAUCACUGAACGAGCUUUCAAACGAAUUCAGCAAGAGCAUCUCCAAGGUCGAGCAAAUAAACGGUAAGCUGGCUCGAGUCACGUAGAAAAUGAGUAAAACAGACUUGCUGAGGCCCGCACCAUCCCGCUGUCGGUAGCAUCGAUAAUCUAGUCAAUAUACUACUUGACAGCGCACUGAUUUACGACAUUCUCAAAGAUGUAACGAUUGCAACUCCGAAUGCGGAUCUCAGGCGAAUUCUGGCGAAAGCUCUGGACAUUUGGGAGAUGGGUGUUUUUCAACAGACGAAGAAGAGCUACGCUUGGGUGGUUUCAGCAGGGUUAGUUGCUCUCGGUCAACUUGCUCAAUACUACAUGUCUUCAGCUCUGCACUUACGUCGUCGAUCCUAA